AUGACUAAGUUUUCUUCUUUUUCUCUAUUUUGCCUAAUAGCUGGGGCUUAUAUGACUCCAGAAUGUUUCACUAUGGAGAUUAUUGGAGGGAGAGAAGUGUCACCUCAUUCCAGACCGUUCAUGGCUUCUAUCCAGUAUGACGGAAAGCACUAUUGUGGAGGGGUUCUGAUCGCUCCGCAGUGGGUGCUCACAGCAGCUCACUGCUACAUUCGGUUUGCCAAAAGCCAGCCUCCCACUGUGGUUUUAGGAGCACACUCUCUCUCAAAGAAUGAGGCCUCCAAACAAACAUUUGAGAUUAAAAAAUUCAUACCAUUCUCAAGAUUUACAUCAGAUCCUCCAUCCAAUGAUAUCAUGCUGGUUAAGCUUCAUACGGCCGCACAACUCAACAAGGAUGUUCAGCUGCUCCGCCUAAGAUCCAAAAACUAUCUUAGAGCUGGAACCAAAUGCCAGGUUACUGGUUGGGGAGCCACAGACUCAGAUUUUUCGCGGUUCUCUGAUACCCUGCAAGAAGUCACUGUGACUGUCAUAAGUCGCGAUGUUUGCAACAGCCAAAGUUAUUACAACCGCAACCCUGUCAUAACCAAAGACAUGGUGUGUGCAGGAGAUGCCAGAGGCCAAAAGGAUGCCUGCAAGGGUGACUCAGGGGGCCCCUUGGUGUGUAGAGGUGUCUUCCAGGCCAUAGUCUCUUCAGGUGAUAAGUGUGGUGUUGCCAAGAAGCCUGGAAUCUACACCCUGUUAACCAAGAAGUACCAGACUUGGAUCAAAAGCAAGGUCGUUCCAUCUCAUGCAAAUUUAGAUUACAAAUGAUUUUCCUGGAUCUACCAGUUACUUGCUUCUUUUUUACCUAAUACGCUGACUGGCCGAUUUUAUCUUCAGAUGUAGCUCAAUGCCGGUAAAGCAGAGCGCAGUCGGGGUCCCUUUCUGCUCCCUUAUGGCUGAUUCUGCCAAGGAAUCGAGUUCUUUUUCAAAUGUAUCACUGAUGUAUUUUUACCAUGCUGAUUUCAUUCCAAAUAAAAUUUAGAAGACUA